CUUGUCUCCUCAGCUGUGAAGCCCAAGGGCAAGGGCGCGCCGAAGGAGGGGCUGAAGGCGCCCGAGGUGUGCACGGACCCCACCAUGCUCGCCAACUACGCCAUGGGGGUCAACUACUUCAAGGAUGGCCCAGAGGUGGCCCUGAAACCCGACUCUGAGUACCCGGACUGGCUCUUUAAAAUCCACCUCGGGCCCCCCAAGAAGCUGGAGGAACUGGACCCUGACUCCAUCCAGUACUGGAGGCGCCUGCGGAAGUACAACACGUGGCACCGCAACAGGCUGAAGAAGGGCAAGAAGCUGUAG